AUGGCGACUUCACUCCAUCUCAUUGGUGGACAGGGAGGCUAUUCAUUUUCUUUACAUGGCCUUGACAAUGGUGCCACCCUCAAGAAGAUUGGAGUGGCAGUGGCCGGCUGGCAGAUCAAAGCCGUGCGGGCUGAACUGACCGACGGGCGUGUGCAGACCUUUGGAAAUGCGCACACUUUCAGUGAGUUUACGUUCAAACUUGGCGAGCACAUCACCAAGCUGUCCCUGUGGGGGAACGGCUUCGGGACACGUCUAGGUGGCAUCAGGUUCUGGACGAGUUCUGGACGCGAGUUCUUCGCACACAUGACUGACUGGCCCCUGAAGACCGAGUACUCUAUCGACGUUGGGUCUGGAGUCUGCCUGGGGUUGGAGGGGAGAUCUGGCUCAGACAUCGACUGUAUGGGGUUCCUCUUCAUCAAUGCCAUCAAGUCUUCUGUGCUAAUCAACAUGACCUAUCCCAGCCUGGCCAUGUACACACCCCAGGUCAACAAAGAGUACAUCAAAUCAGUGUCUUAUCACAACGGCACCUCUGAGACUCAAGAGCAGAAAUGUAGCUACAGCAGAUCUGUGACCAAGUCUAACACCUGGAGCACCACCACUAAGAUUGAGUCCACCGUCAGCAUGAGCGUUUCAGCAGGGAUCCCGGGUCUGGUGGAGGUGUCCGGUGGGUUUAGCUUGACCGUGGGAGCUGAGACGACCUCCGCAAUGACCCAUGAAGAGACCAUAACGGAAUCAGAUGAGGUCAAUGUGAAGGUCCCGCCAAGAAAGACCGUGAGCGUUGAGUUGUCAGUGGGACGAGCAGUCAUCGACCUCCCCUACUCGGCCACCGUGAAAAUCACAUGCCUGAAUGGCAGCGAGCUGACCUUCGCAUCCACUGGCAACUACACCGGUGUGGCUUACACUGCAGUGAAUGUGAACACCACUGAGUCUGAUAAAGUCAUGAAUGUUGAAUAAGAUGCAUCAACAUCUUACUGUGC